AUGACUGACGAAAUCAACCUAGGUGUGACAUGUGAUAUGCAUGUCCACGUAAGAGAUGGAUCCAUGUGCGAAUUUGUAACUCCAACUAUAAGAGAAGGUGGUGUUUCGGUAGCAUACAUUAUGCCAAAUCUACAACCACCUGUAACAACACUAGAGAGAGUGAUCAGAUACAAGGAGACUUUGGAAAAUAUAGCUCCACAGUCAACAUUUUUAAUGAGCUUUUAUUUAUGUGGGGAUUUAACACCAGAAUUGGUUCACGAAGCGGCCUCAAAAGGCGCAAUUCAAGGUGUUAAAUGCUACCCAGCUGGUGUAACUACCAAUUCCGCAGCAGGUGUUGAUCCAAACGAUUUCAGUGAUUUUUAUCCUAUAUUGAAAGCAAUGGAGGAAGAGAAUCUUAUCUUAAAUUUACACGGUGAAAAACCAUCAAUUAAUAAUGGGUUAGAAGAUGGAAGCGAGGAUAUUCAUGUGUUGAAUGCAGAAGAAUCAUUUCUGCCUGCUUUAAAAAAGCUUCACCAUGAUUUCCCAAAUCUGAAAAUCAUCUUGGAACACUGUACAUCAGAAGCCGCUAUAAAUACAAUUCAUGAUAUCAACAAAGACAUUAAAAAAGUCGAAGACGUCAAAGUAGCAGCAACAAUAACCGCGCAUCACCUAUACUUGACAAUAGAUGAUUGGGCCGGUAACCCGAUCAAUUUUUGUAAACCUGUUGCUAAAUUUCCGAAAGAUAAAAGAGCGUUGGUGAAAGCAGCGGUAUCGGGGAAGCCAUAUUUUUUCUUUGGCACAGACUCAGCACCACAUCCGUUAGGUAGCAAAGCUAGACAUGUUGGUGUUUGCGCCGGAGUCUUUUCCCAGUCACUGGCAAUUCCAUACAUUGCACAAAUAUUUGAACACGAGAAUGCUUUAGAUAAACUGAGGGGAUUUGCAUCAGAAUUUGGGCUCCGAUUUUAUAAUGUUCAAGAGGCACAGUUGAGGUCGAAAGAUGAGGCUAUUCUGUAUAGAAAGGACCAAGUAGUACCGCUGAUUAUCACUAGUAGGGAUGGCAUUGAAAUCGCACCUUUCAAAGCAGGUGAUAAAUUAAACUGGUCGGUCAAGUGGAGGAGCAAGUAG